GGUCUUCUGAAGUUUGUCACAUAAAUGAUGAGACAGGGUAUGGAGCCAGCCUUAGGCCUUAAGUCCAGUGCUGUCCCCACUGGUACGGAGUGUCUAGCAAUCCCAGCAGUCCUGGCUGCUCCAGUCACGCUAGCUGGCCUCUGUCCUUCCGUAGGCCUCUCUGGAAUCCUGAGGCUCCUGCUGCAGGAACUGAGUCUUUUCUACAGCCGAGAUGUGAGUGGCCUGUGUCUCUUAUACGACCUCCUCCACUCCCCGUGGCUGCAGGCCCUGCUAAAGGUCUAUGACUGCCUCCAGAAGUUUAAAGAGAGGAAGCUGGUUCCUGUUACAACCCAUGCACAGGUCUUAUCCUGUGAGGUCUUGGAGCUCUUACCCAAAGCCUCCAGUUCCCCUGAGAUCCAAGAGCUAAGACAAUUCCUCCAGGCCCCUCACUGGAAGGCUUUGCUCAGGGCUCAUGACACAGUGGCUCAGAAGGAUUUUGAGCCCCUUCUCCCUCCGCUGCCAGACAACAUCCCUGACAGCGAAGAGGCACUGCGGAUUGUCUGUUUGGUGAAAAACCAACAGCCCCUGGGAGCUACCAUCAAGCGCCAUGAGAUAACAGGGGACAUCCUGGUGGCCAGGGUCAUCCAUGGUGGGCUGGUGGAGAGGAGCGGGUUGCUGUACGCUGGAGACAAACUCGUGGAAGUUAAUGGAAUUUCAGUAGAAGGGCUAGAGCCUGAGCAAGUGGUCCAUAUUCUGGCUAUGUCUUGUGGGACGAUCAUGUUCAAGGUGAUCCCGGUGUCUGCCCCACCUGUGAGCAGCCAGACGCUGGUUUAUGUUCGCGCCAUGAUUGAUUACUGGCCCCAGGAGGAUCCCGACAUCCCCUGCAUGGAUGCUGGACUGCCUUUCUUGAAAGGGGACAUUCUACAGAUUGUGGACCAGAAUGACGCCCUCUGGUGGCAGGCCCGGAAAAUCUCAGACCUUGCUAUCUGUGCUGGGCUGAUCCCUUCUAACCAGCUUCUGAAGAGGAAGCAGCGGGAAUUCUGGUGGUCUCAGCCAUACCAGCCUCACACCUGCCUCAAAUCCACCCGACAUGAAUCAUUUUCUAUGGAAGAAGAGGACAGCAUGAAGAUUGACGAGAAGUGUGUGGAAGCAGAUGAAGAAACUUUUGAAUCUGCUAAAGAGGACUUCAUUGGCAACGGGCAGAAGGUGUUUAUCGCUGGUUUCCGCCGCAGCAUGCGCCUCUGCCGCCGGAAGUCUCACUUCAGCCAGCUGCACGCCAACAUGCGUUGCACCUGCAGCUGCUACGGCGCAGCGGGUGCCCCUUACGAAGAGGUGGUGAGGUACCAGCGGCAGCCGGCAGACAAGCACCGCCUCGUAGUGCUCGUGGGACCUUCUGGCGUCGGGGUCAAUGAACUCAGGAGACAACUCAUUGGAUUUAACCCCAGCUGUUUUCAAAGUGCUGUGCCACACACCACCCGUUCCCCAAAGAGCUAUGAAGUGGAGGGACGUGAGUACCACUACGUGUCGAGAGAGACAUUUGAAAGCCUCGUGUAUGGGCACAGGAUGCUAGAGUACGGCGAAUACAAAGGCCACCUGUAUGGCACCAGUGUGGAUGCUGUGCACGCAGUCCUAGAUCAAGGCAUGGUCUGUGUCCUGGAUCUGGAGCCUCAGGAUAUUCAACUGACUCGAACCUAUGACCUGAAACCCUAUGUCAUAUUUAUUAAGCCACCUAACAUGAGCUACAUGAAGCAGUCUCGGAAGAACGCUAAGCUUAUUACUGACUACUUUGUGGACAUGAAGUUCAAGGAUGAAGACCUACAAGAGAUGGAGGAGUUAGCCCAAAAGAUGGAGAGUCAGUAUGGGCAGUUUUUUGAUCACGUGAUUGUGAAUGACAACUUGCAGGGUGCAUGUGUCCGGCUGCUGUCUGCCAUACAGAAGGCGCAGGAGGAACUGCAGUGGGUGCCGGAAGCCUGGGUGUCCCCUGGCGACGCGUCUAAAGUCUCCCAUUUAAAACUGGAGGCUUAG